AUGGCUGCGCCGAUUGCCAGCGGCUCUUUCAAAGCCGAUGGAAUUAUCGUUGUUCCAUGCAGUAUGAAGACACUCGCUGCUAUUCAUAGUGGGUUCUGUGAUGAUUUGAUCUCGCGCACGGCGGAUGUGUUGAAAGAGAGACGGAAGCUUGUGCUUGUUGCGAGGGAGACUCCGCUUAGUGAUGUUCAUUUGCGGAAUAUGUUGGAGGUUUCCCGUGCUAGGGCGGUCAUCUUUCCACCUGUGCCAGCGUACUAUAUUCGGGCUGCGUCGGUGGAUGACUUGGUUAGUCAGAGUGUUGGGUGUAUAUUGGAUCUGUUUGAUUUGGAUACGGGGGAUUUUGAGAGAUGGGAGGGAUGGCAGACUGAGAAAUAA